UAUCCGAAGAGUUAUCGACUUCUCCGACAACCGCGCGGAAAUGUGAAUUUGGAUUGGGACAUGUCACGGAUAAAAGAAGGGCUUUUCGUAGGUACCAGGAAAGAUGCAAUUAAUUUAGCUAAUUCCAGACAAGGAGAUAAACUAAGGAUCCUUACUGUGGACAGUGAGUCUCUUGAAAUAGCACUAAAAGAUGGAGUCUUGACAAAACAUGUGCCAUGUGUGGACGAACCGGAGGCAGAUCUCUUAAGUUUCUUUGACGAUUGCUCGGAGUUUAUCUCCAGUGGAUUAGAAAACGAAGAGAUUGUGCUGGUACACUGGUAAGUUUAGCAGUUCAGAAGUUAAUGUGUUGGACUGGAGUCAAAUCAGAAAUGCUGGGAGGCAGGUACAAAAGUCGGACCGGAUCAACUCGGACCGCCAGUCCGGGUCGGAUCAACUCGGAUCGACUCGGACCAACCCGGAUCGAAUAAAAAAAUAAAAAAAAAAUAAAAUUGGACUCGUAUCAACUCGGAUCAUAAAAAACAACAACAACUCGGAUUAUAAAAGGAAAAAUAAACUCAGUCGGUAUCACUUAACUUUCACCCGCCAUUUUGUUUUUUUCUCACGAACUCAUGGCUGCGUAAAUUAAUUUAAUUUUUAUUUUUAUUAAUUUUAAUGAUAUACUAGUGAGCAGCACACAUACACUUCCAGUGAACAUUUUCAGCUUGGAAGGAGGAGAAAUCAUGCUCGCCCGGGACAAAGAAAAUUUUCGUACCCCAGGCGAGAAUUGAACUCACGACCCUCCGAAUACUACAUGCUUAUCGGACGUUCCAACCACUGAACCGGGGGGUCGCGAGUUUGAUUCUUGCUCGGGACAUGGAAAUUUCCUUUGUCCCGGGCGAGCAUGAUUUCUCCUCCUUCCAAGUUGAAAAUGUUCACUGGAAAUGUAUGUGUGCUGCUCACUAGUGUAUCAUUAAAAUUAAGUUUCAGAAGUCCUGCAGAAAAAAAACAAACAGGAACAAACAAACACUCUUCGGUAUUUAUCUAAAUUCAGUCAGCAGACCAGGCUUUUGAUGCUUUUCAUUGAGAAAGAUGGUUGGGAUUUUACCUUCCUCGAGGUCAUCCAUAUCUGUGAAGAAGAGAGCGUCGUGUAACUCAACCACAACCACGAGUUUAUAACAUGAUCCAAGAGGAACUGGCACUAGUAAAACAAAAUGGGGCCUUAAAGCCACGGAGAAAAAAAAGGAUGAUCUGGCCUUUUUUACCCUCCAAAUGGGUUAAACUUUCAGUUUUGCUGAUUUAAUUUAAUUUUUUUGAUUUCUCCGAGUUGAUCCGAGUCCAAUUUUAUUUUAUUUUUGUUUUUUUAUUCGAUCCGAGUUGGUCCGAGUCGAUCCGAGUUGAUCCGACCCGGACUGGCGGUCCGAGUUGAUCUGGUCCGACUUUUGUACCUGCCUAAUGCUGGGACCGCUGGGACAAGGGACAAGACACGUGCACUCUAAACUCUGGUAUACAAUCUUGGACCCUGGGGGGUGGGGAUACUCAGCGACUCACCUGGAUCUUGAGCCCAGUGCCAUAUGAGUUACCACAAAUGGCCUCAAGAGAUGGGUAGUAUCAUUCUGGUCCCCAGAGCUGCGAUCCUUUUGGCUAGCUAGCACAACAGAUCGAGAGCUCUGCCUGGGCCCAAACUGAGAAGUCUGCAAAUUGUGCGCAGGCUCAGAAGUAUGAGUUAAUAAUGGAUACCGUGGAGACUACUGUGCUUGCAGCUCAUCCUGGUCCCAACCAGAGCUCUUGAUCUAUGAUGCUGACCAUAACAAUCACAUCUCUGGAAAAGAGAAUUGGAUAGCCAGGUCUGAGUGAAACAGGUCAAUGAGAAAUAGAGGGGAAAGUGAUUUUGUAGCUACAAUCGGCGACAAAAUUGUUGAGACAUUGUUCUUAAAUAGGGUAAUUUUGAAAAACAAAAGAAUCUGCACCCCUCCCCUGUCCCCUCCAUUCAAAGUUGGGGUGUUUGUUGUUUUCUAUAGGCAGCUAGAACAAGGGCACAACAUUGCACGGAGGGCAUGGGGGAGGAAAGCUAUAUUUCCUCCUUUUGAAGUUAAUAAAACGUAAAAAAGCCCAGUUUUGGGCGAAGUGUCUCAACUCAUUUUGUCGCCGAUUGUAGGUCUGUAGACAAACUUCUUAUACUGCCAUUGUAUUGCAUUGGCAACGAAUAUGACAUGUUUGGUUUUCUGAACUUGAUGUCUUCCUGGUGGGCCUUCUUGUUUGGUUAAAAAAAUAUCAAUAAGUUAUCAGGAAUUUUUAAGAGAUCUGAUUACAUAACAUAACAGGUCUGUUGUGUGGCAAAUUGAACAAUUCCUAUACUAUACUUGCAAGAAAUGUGGGUGCAAGAAAGCCAAGAACAGGGCAUGCAAGGGGAGAGGUGUCUAAAACCUUCUCUUAGGCAACUAGAAAAUCUUAGUAUUUUCCUACAAAUCAUAUGCUUGGUACCCUAGAUUUUACAGUUUCACAUCAUUGAACCCCCUUCAAUUUCCUUGGAGCACUGCCUUGGUAAAACAAUUUUAAAUUCAUAUUUUUUGUUCUGCCUUUAUAUUAAAUAAUCACUGCAUUCUAAAUACUAGACCUUUUUUUUCUUGUGUCAAUUUUUCAUUUUCAUUUACAGCCUUUCAGGUGUGUCUCGAAGCACAGCUAUUGUCUUGGCAUAUCUUAUGAAGACAGAUCAGAUGUCAUUAAAUGAGGCAUUGGAUUUUUUAAAGAAAAUUUACCCCAAAGCCAAGUAAGAGUUUCAUUCUUCAUUUUUUUAUCCUUCCAGAUUGUCUUUUGACCAUCCUAAAUGGUUUGAAAUAAGCUGAUGAUGAAUUAAAAACUCUAAAUUAAAGUUGAUGUGAUACCUGGUACAUAAAAAAUUAAUGGGUCUAAUUACAUGCAUGGGGGUUCAUAAGUGUGUGGGGGUGGACAUGUACGGCGUAAUCCAGAGCCUUUUUUUUUGUGUUAGAAUUUAUAUUUUGGUGUUAUUUUUAGGCCUGCCUUUUAAUAAUUAUUAUUAUCUUGUGUGCUGGGAUUCUCACAAGAAAAAAAUUUCCAUUGCCCAUACCAGUAGUGAAUCCUAUUAUUAGGAAGGGAAAAAGGCUUUUAGGUCACCGUCACAAAAUUUAAUCCAUCAACAUGAAAAGGACCGAACAGCAGCAAAGAACAACAACAGAAUGGUUUGCAAUCCUUUUAUUCAAUUAAAUACAGGGACAGACACACAACGCAUGCACACAGCAAUAAUAUUCCUAACAAUUUCAUUACCCACACUUGUUGUAUUUGACAGCAUUUUAAACAUAUUGUGUACUUACAUCUUCUUGUUUGUUGCCUCUUUGAUUUAGUCCCAAUACCGGAUUUAUUGAGCAGCUUCAGCUGUAUGAAGCCAUGGGAAAUACAGUGGACAAAACAAGUCCUGUGUAUAAACAAUACAGACUGCAACUCUUGGUCAAUCAGAUACAGAGUGGGUUGAUGUUCAUUUACCUUUUAUAUGCCAUAAAACAUCUAGUGAGUUCCUCUCAGCUUAGUACUAGAAUUCAAUCUCAUUCGAUCUAUUAAAGGUUUCACCGCCGCAUUUUUCAGGUUUGUGAGCACUGUGCUUUGCACUUUGAUAAUUUCCCGUGCAGGAUAAAAUUAAGUGAUAAACUAUAUUUUAUUUUAUUAUUAUUAUUAUUUUUUAGUUUGAGGGGGUAAGAGGGUUUAAUUUUUUCAGGUAUGCUGAUGUGUGUGACUAAAUGUUCACCUGCAAAUUAAACCCAAUGGGGAAGGGGGGCCUCAGAACUUACUUGUACAUGUAUGAACAGUCAGUAAGGGAGACAUAAGGAAGCCCUAUGAAGGAUGUGCUCUUGCAGUGCCUAGUGGCCCCCACCAACUAACUUUUGUUCUUAGAAGACUAAAAAGCACUAGGCUUCCUUGAAUUUUUCUUACAGCACAGCCUUGCCUAGCUUUUGAGAGAGUUGGACCUUCUCUAAUGUAAUUAUUGCAUUAUUAUUUAGUACUAAAUAAUCUCAACAGACGUAAUUGUUGUUUAAUACCAACAAAAACCUUCAGACCUGACAACUGUAGGUACAUAAACUCACUAAACUUACUUUUUAUUAUAGUAAGGUACUUAAAUAUUUCUCUGUUUUUAAUCUGUUUUUAGAUCAACAGUAUGCUACAAAAGAUCUCCUGUCUUCAUUGAUUGAAGAACUCAAAGACAGUAGUUCUUCAAAUAACAAAAAUUAUAAAUGUAGAAAAUGCAGGUACAGCUCCCUAUAGUUAAAUGCAUUUUGUAAUAAAAGAAAGACCAUGUUGUUUUCUUUCCACAGGCUACAAAGCUAUUUUCCUCUCAAAUAGAAGGGCCUAUUGAAAAGAAAGCCUGAAAAAAUUCAGGCUUGUACCGUAUUAGAACCCUUGACCUCUACGAUACUGGUGAAAUUAUCUACCGUUAUUGAGCUACACACAUAACAAGCCACCUGGGAACAGCUCAUUGAGUUAGUUGGUUAUAAAUCCAUCAAAGGAUGGUGAUGAAAUAUUGAAUACAUGUAUAUGAAAAUCUCAAUGAAAACCAACUUUUUGAGGCUUUAUAACCAUACACUGAAUUCUAUUCCAAGCCAUUUACAGCUUCUCAGCAGUCAACAUUUAAGUGGCACUUGCACACUCUGUAAGAUGAGACGACGUGGUCAACUGUUUUGAGUUCUUUACACUCAUGAGUGACUGUACAACAACAACUUUAGGUUUUACCUAGGAAUUGUGAUUCAAAAUUUACAAGCAAGAUGGUAAAACCAUCCUCAGGCGAGUGUUAAUCUAGUUGAGAGAGGUACACUAUAGAAAGAAAGGAAAACAAAACAAAUUUUAUAUGCAAUGAUUACUAAUAACAACAUUUACUGACAGUCAGUUCACUUCAGAUGAAUAUAGUUAUAUUGAAAAAAUUCUCUCUUAAAAUGCAAUGUUAUGAGUUCAAAUCUUAAACAAAAGUCACUAAUAAAAGGUCAAUCACAUUCUUUUUUAUAUCCACUUACAGACUG